AUGCAUCGCCCAUCCCCCCGCAUGGAAGGAAUUGACGUCCGAGUAGUUUCAAAGCGUCGGCAAUCAGAUGGCAGUUCGUGGCUGAAUCAGUAUCGCGUCUGCGAGAAAUUAGCGAACACUGAACUUUCUAGUGUCUUCCGGGUAGAGGAGGCAAAUCCUUCCACUGGAGUUGUCACCAGCUUUUGCUGCAAGCGAUACCGAAAGAUUUUGCUCUUGAGGCGGAGGGAAUAUCGCCCGGGUCCAACUGGAAUGGGGUUCAUUACCAAAUUGGAGGAUGUGAAGGAAGAGGCCCGCAUACUAGCGCUUCUAGAUCACCCGCGUUGUCUGAAACUGAAAGAGGUUCUCGAUUCAAAUCCGGACUCAGCCGACGGCAAAGUCUACUUUAGUCAGCACCCAAUCGUCGCCCUUCCGACCCUUACCACUUCGUGCUUUCCGGCGUAA